AUGGUUUCUACUCAGUUCUCCACGAAGGCUGCUCGCAUAGCCGUUGCUGGCUGCAACGCCCUCACCUGGGUUAGCUCGGUCAUUGUCGUCGGUAUCACUGGCUACUUCUUGCAAAAAUAUCCUCACGAUCAGCAUCUCAUCUUCGAAAUGAUCAUUUCUGCCCUUGUGCUCGGCUUCUGGCUUCCCUCAUUCGUUCUUCCCAUCUUCAGCAGCUACAAGUUCUAUUACGCGCCAUUGAACUUCGUUUUCUCCUACCUCUGGCUUACUGCCUUCAUCUUUUCAGCCCAAGAUUACAAUGAGAGCCAGUGUGAGCUGAACGCUCCCCUUGGUGGAUCCUGCAACCUGAAGUUGACUAGCGAGUCUUUCAUCUUCAUUGCCUUCUUUUUCACCCUCGUCGCUUCCAUCGUCGAUGCUUAUGCUUACAAGAUUGCUGCUGUUAUCGCUACUGAGCCUGUACAUCCUGAGAAGCCUGUCGAGACUCCUGUCGCUACCGCUCCCGCUACUGUCUGA